CGCCACUGGGAGCACCGUGUUCCGCAGUGUUGCGUCACUUUGGAUAACUGACGUCAUCUUCUUGCCAACAGAGAACCCUCGGAUUCUGCAGCUGCAGAGGCUGCCUUGUCGAGCCGCUGAGGUCACUGAGUAAAGGCGUUGAUAACUUUGAGCUACAGCAUCGCCGACGAAGAAGCAGAAUGGGACGUGGCCAACACAACAACAGUGUUCCACUGGAGCUGACGAUGCCGAAAUUAGUGGCCAGGUCAAGCCAGAUGACAGAUCCUGCUGUGGCCCUGACAGCACAGAACAUGACAUGUUCGAGAGAAAUGCCAAGCCCGGACAGUCCUUUGGAUCUGAGUACAACCAGUUUGCUGAGCAGAACACAAGACCAGACGAUCUUUUCUGCUUCCAGCGACAGCGAUGCAGAUGAUGACGAAAAUUUCGAGGCUGGACAUUCUCAAGAGGAGCCAAUGGAUGAACCCAACUAUGCGACACUGGCAUCAAUGAACUGUAACAGUAAUGGAAAAACGGAUACCCAAGAGGAUCUCAAGCUGAUGGAGCCGGCCACGUUCUUGGAGGAUAGCACCUUUUUGAGCAAAGUGAAGCAUAUCAACAUGGGGGAGAUCCCGCUACAUCCGAUGGGCCUUUCUCUCUCUGGCUCUGGCAUGCAGCUUUUCGUGAAAAUGGAUGCCAGUGUACAAAAGGCUAUCGUGGAUCAAUCGACGCCAAAGAAAUCGGCACAGAAGAAGAGAACGACAACAACAAAGAGCACCAAGAGAGCUGUCCAGAGUACAACGACUCAAACUGCAAAUGUCCCCACUCCAUUGUCGAGGUCUCAUGAUCCUAGUAGCUUCACUGGGAAUCCAUUGUCAGAACAGGAAUUUCGCAAAUAUGGGGAGACAAGAAUGUCAGAACCAGUGAUUCGAAAUCCUAUGUUUCACAGUUAUUCCCUCGAAAAGUCGCAUGAUUUCUCAAACAAUGGAGAAGCUGAUAACUUCCGUUUUCAGAAAGUAGAGCACUCCAAGCGCAGACGCCCGGUAUCUCCAAGACAGGUACAACAGUUCGCACACCCAGGGCCAGUGUCACCCCGUUUCAGUAGACAUCAUGCUGAGGGUCCUCCUUCGCGCAUCGACACAUACCACCAGCGAACACAAGGCAAACAGGGUGACGAAGUGAACUCUCAUGCUCAUUUUUCAGGACCCAGCUGGAAGUUUCAAGACGGCCAAAUCGACGUGAGCGCUUCCAAAGAGACCAGAUUUCUACAGUCACAUUCACGAGUGGAACACUCUCAGAUGGCUGAGACAAUUGACAUGAAAAGGAACAAAAUGAACCGAACGCAUAUCGAGGGCUUCACCUCUCGAGAUCUUCCUCUGAAAAGACCGGCAAGUCCAACCGACUGUUUUCGUGGAGACUUUUCCGGCACAAAGAGGGGUAAUCGCACGGAGAGAUCAAAGCCCCCAUGUUCCGUACGCGGCCAUCACGGAACGUUCGAUCACUCGAGUCAUGACAGACAUCGACCGCAGAAGACAAGUCGCAGAAGUCGUGUGGUGCACCAGGAUUAUAAUCAAGUAUAUGAGGAUUAUGCUAACGAUGAAUAUGAGGAUGAAGAUGAUGUUGAAAUCAUAUCGUCACGUGCUCAUUUGUAUGAGAAAAAUAAUUCAAGACAACGAAGUGGUUGUAACACGUGCUGUAAGGACGUGGUUGUCAAAAAAGAAUGUCCAGACAUAGAACCUAUGAAGUCGCAUUCCAUGAGUGACAAGUCUUCUGUUGGUCCACAAUUCGACACCAGUAAAAUUCCUACCAACGCGCUUGACGCAGAGACUUUGGCUAAGUUUACAGAGUACACCAAAAAUAUGCGUAAAGACCUCCGAGACAAUUACAAAAGUCUUAGUAUCUUGAUGAAAGAUAUUAACUCUGUUGUCCUUGAACGCAACAACACAGGAGCCAACCAGGAUUUGCAGACCAGCGUGCUGACGGGGAACACAGACGAGAAGCAGGACAAGCAAAAAGACCCACGAUGCUCAAUUAUGUAGUGCUGUUGACAGAUUUUCUCCAUAGAGGGAAGAGGAGUGUGAAGAUUUAAUAAUUAACAGUUUCUUCGACUCGGAAAUCGACAGUUACAACACACAUAAAAAAGGGUGACAGUGAGUGAGUAAAUGGGUGAAUGGGUGAGAUGGCCUUGAUUGAGGGAGGGUGAAUCUUUAUGUGUG